GAUUUUACAUCUUGAUGCGUCACAACUUCAAAAUUUAGAGUGCUGUAAUUGUAAGACAAUGUUCUUUUGUUAUCAGUAAAGUAAUAAGUAAAAGAAUAGAAAUUAGAACGCGAUAUAUAAGCCAAAAACCGGAUGUCCGGAUGAAAUCAUAAUUUUUAAAUUUCUCAAUUUCUUUUCCAUGACUUAUUUAUUAUUGUUAUGAUCUGAAUCGGAUUGAAAGUUGUAUAACGUAUAUCGGGCACUGGUCGCACUUGUUUGGCAUGAUAGUUGUUUAUCGCUGGAAAUUCUAUAUAAGAGGAACGUACGCAGCCCAGCGGUAUUUGUGUUCACGGUACGCGUUCAGUGCGCCGCUCCGUCCCGUUGACAACAGACGCUUACACGACACUCACUAAACACUUCAACAUGGCUUCAAGGGAUCCUGCCACUGACCAACUUGUUAACUUCAAGAAGGACCUCAAAGAUUCUCCUGGCUACAUCACAACAAAAACUGGAGCUCCUGUUGGAGUAAAGACCGGAAUUCAAACUGUUGGCAAGAAUGGACCAGCUCUGCUACAGGAUGUCAACUUCCUUGAUGAGAUCUCUGCCUUUGACAGGGAACGUAUCCCUGAGCGUGUUGUCCAUGCCAAGGGAGCCGGAGCUUUUGGCCACUUUGAAGUGACUCAUGACAUCACCAAAUACACUGCAGCAAAAAUCUUUGAAUCUAUCGGAAAAGUUACUCCAAUGGCUGUGAGAUUCUCUACCGUGGGUGGUGAAAGUGGAUCUGCUGACACCGUCCGUGACCCCAGAGGAUUUGCAGUUAAGUUCUACACUGAUGAUGGCAACUGGGAUCUUGUUGGAAACAACACACCUAUCUUCUUCAUCAGGGACCCAACUUUGUUCCCUAGCUUUAUCCACACCCAGAAGAGGAACCCUGCUACUCACUUGAAGGAUCCUGACAUGUUUUGGGACUUCAUUACUCUAAGGCCUGAGACCACUCAUCAGGUUAUUUACUUAUUUGGUGACCGUGGUAUUCCUGAUGGUUACAGACACAUGAAUGGCUAUGGUUCUCACACAUUUAAACUUGUCAAUGCCCAAGGUGUAGCUCACUGGGUGAAAUUCCACUACAAGACUAACCAGGGAAUCAAGAACUUGUCAGUUGACAAGGCUGGUGAGCUGUCAGCUACUGACCCUGAUUACUCCAUCAGAGACCUUUACAAUGCUAUUGCCAAGGGUGACUUCCCCUCCUGGACUAUGUACAUCCAGGUCAUGACUAUGGCUCAGGCAGAGACCUGCAAGUUCAACCCAUUUGAUUUGACCAAGGUUUGGCCUCAUUCAGAUUACCCACUAAUUGAAGUUGGUAAAAUGGUCCUGAACAGAAACCCCAAGAACUAUUUCGCUGAAGUUGAACAAAUUGCCUUCAGCCCUGCUAAUUUGGUGCCAGGCAUUGAGCCUUCCCCUGACAAGAUGUUACAAGGACGUCUGUUCUCCUACAGUGACACUCACCGCCACCGUCUUGGAGCCAACUACUUGCAAAUUCCUGUGAACUGCCCAUUCCGCGUGAAAGUGGCUAAUUAUCAGCGUGAUGGACCACAAAAUAUGGAUAACCAGGAAGGUUGUCCGAACUACUUCCCCAACUCAUUCUCUGGGCCGCAGGAGUGCCCGCGCGCUCAGCGCCUACAGCCUAGAUACAAUGUCAGCGGUGACGUUGAUAGAUACGACAGUGGCCAGACUGAAGACAACUUCGCUCAAGCGACCGCCCUCUACAAGCAGGUGUUCAGCGACGCCGAGAAGCAGCGCACUGUUGAGAACAUUGUGGGUCAUUUGAAGGAUGCUGCUGGCUUCAUUCAAGAAAGAGCUAUUAAGAUUUUCACCCAAGUCCACCCUGACUUAGGCAGCAAGGUUGCUGCUGGUUUAGCUCCGUUUAAGAAGUACCAUGCUAACUUGUAAAAUGUGCAAUAACUAAAUGGGUGCUAUAUAAUGAUAGAUAUUAAACGGCAAGAUUUUAUUGUCUUGCGGGGUAUAAUCUUGGGUCUUUAUAUACAUAAAACCAUCAUAGUACAUAAUAUACAGAAUUACGUUUUAAUAUUAUAUUUGUAAGGUGAUUUUUGCACUUAAUCCGCACAAUAUUCAUAAUAAAUAUUACCAACUGUUGUACUGUACUGA